UCUUGCAUUUCGACUUCCGCGUAAACAAACAUGAGGUGAUAACCACGUGUUCAUCAGCUGUUGUCGGUACCACACGUGUUGUGAUCAGUGAGACUAAUUAACUCGGACGGGUGUCAGUUGGUUUUUAUUCAGUCAUGGAGGACAUAACAGUUUCUGCUCCUGGAAAAGUAAUUUUGCACGGUGAACAUGCGGUUGUUUAUGGAAAGGUAGCGAUUGCAGCAAGUCUUAAUCUGAGGACAUACUUGCUGUUGAGGAGAAGUGCAGACAACAAUAUCAGUCUCGAUCUCCCAAACAUCACCAUCAAGAGAUCCUGGACAACUGACAGAAUCAAGUCACAAGUUUCGCUGCCUCUGUGUGAUCCAAACAAGCCAGUGGGUGUUUCCGAAGAACUUCUGACAUUGUUGAAAGAUGUUGCUGGUGUGCACCAAAAUGAAUCCGACACCAAACAGCUGGCUGUGAUAACAUUCUUGUAUCUAUACUGUGCAUUAGCUGCACACAACGGCACUGUGCCGGCUAUAGAUCUCAAGGUGGUGUCCAUCCAGCCGGUCAGUGCUGGCCUGGGGUCAUCAGCUUCCUACUCUGUGUGUCUGGCGGCCAGUUUACUGCAGCUGUCGGGGAUCAUCUCCACCCCUUCGGGAGACGGGCAGUGGUCAGAGGAGGAGCGGGUUCUCAUCAACUCUUGGGCUUUCUUUGGGGAGAAAAUAUUGCAUGGAAACCCUUCAGGGAUAGACAACUCUGUCAGCACCUUUGGUGGUGCAAUCAAGUUUAAGUCAGGGAAGAUUACACCUCUGAGAAGAGUCCCAAAGCUACACAUAUUGCUGGUCAAUACUGGAAUUCCUAGAAGCACAAAGGUCCUGGUAGCCAGAUGCAGGGCGAGAUACGAGAAGCACCCAGAUAUUAUCGAGCCGGUGCUGAACUCCAUAGAGGCCAUAUCCCACCGAUGUGAGGAAGUGCUGGCUAAGAUGGCAGACUCCCCCUCAAACGAUCAGUAUGAAAUACUGGAGGAUUUGAUUGACAUCAACCAGUGCCACCUAGGGGCAUUGCAAGUAAACCACCCAGCCUUGGAGGAGAUAGUGAGGACUGCAGCCAAGUACAACCUUCAUGCCAAGUUGACUGGCGCUGGAGGGGGUGGAUGUGCCUUCAUCCUCAUCAAACCAGAUAUUCCACUAAAAACAGUCACAGACAUUAAAUCAGAAUUUGCAACCAUGAAGUUUCAGUGUUGGGAGACGAGCGUUGGUUCCCCUGGGGUGACUGCACAUUGUGGGAACGACGAUGAACUGAAUCGGCUUUUCUCAUGACCGGGGAUGCAAGUGGGCCUGCAUCACAAAACUGACAAAUUCCCAACUAUUUAUUUUUUAUUAAAUAAUUGUAUGAAAAGUAUUUGAUUUUCGCCUCACCUUAUUCCCGGUAUCGCACCUCGAGAAGAACUUUUCCCUUGGCAGAUCGGGGUUGACAACCCGAUGCCUCUACCUCAAUGCUUUUAUUGGAAACAUCUUCAAUAAAUAAAUGCAAAACCA